UGGCUCGUCCGCGGGCCGCCCCUCAUGUUCGCGGCCCAUGUGUAAGUUCUCUCUCUUUCUUCCACCGCUUGCAGCCAUGGGCUUCGAAAAGCAAAUUGUUAUUGAUGGCGCAGGCCACUUGCUCGGUCGGCUAGCCUCAACCGUAGCCAAGAGCAUCCUGUCAGGUCAGCGUGUUGUUGUUGUCAGAUGUGAAAAAAUCUGCAUCAGUGGAAACUUCUACAGAAACAAACUGAAGUACCUUGACUUCUUGCGGAAGCGAACCAACACAAAGCCCUCUCAUGGCCCGUUCCACUUCAGGGCACCCAGCAGAAUAUUCUGGAGAACAGUCCGUGGCAUGAUCCCCCACAAGACAAAGAAAGGCACUGAGGCCAUGAACCGUAUGAAGGUGUUUGAUGGUGUCCCUCCCCCAUACGACAAGGAAAAGCGUAUGGUGGUUCCAUCGGCUCUCAAGGUCAUCAGGUUGAAGCCUGGACGCAAGUUCUGUGUCCUUGGAAGACUAUCACACGAGGUCGGAUGGAAAUACCAGGACAUCCUGGAGACUCUUGAAGAGAAGCGCAAGGCAAAAUCUAAACUGUACUUCGAACACAAGAAGAAAGUCCAGAAGCUCAAGCAAACUGCUGAGCUCAACAAGGCCGAUGAGCUCAAGUCUGUCAACAAGACGCUUGCAGGCUAUGGCUACUGAGAUGCCCUUGUAGCUUUUGUGGAAUAAAUUGAAAUAUUGGA